GUAAACGACAGUUCACAAGUCAAACAUUUAGAUGCAUCGCAGAUCUCUUCAACCUCUACCAUUUUCCUGAGACUUUGUGAUGAUGUGGAAUAUACGGUCGAUUGUACUUGUACCAAGAUUAUGAUUGAGGAAUGUAAAAAUCUUGUGUUGAUCGUGAAUGAUAAAAUUAUCACUUCGAUGAUUGAGGUUUGGAAAUCCGAUAAUAUUACCCUCAAGCUUAAAACUCAAGUUCAUACAAUUCAAGUGGAUCAGUGCGGAAGUAUUCGAAUUCAGUACGAAUCCGUCGAAAACUUCCAUUCCGUAGUUUGGAAUAACACGAGAGAAAUUGAAUUGAAAUUAUCAGAAGGUGGCGAAGAGAAAUAUACAUUGUCCACCGGUGAUCUUCACCUGUCAUCAUCACGAGAAUCUGUUGACGUCGAAAAUGUCAAGCCUCCGGAGGAUAAAGAUCAAGAGGACUCCAUCAACGAAGCCAAACCACUUAAUCCAUAUCAAUAUAUAAUCAGGUUGAUUAAUGAUCAAUUGACAACUGAAGAACUUAUUCGCGCUGAAAAAGGAUUUCCCACAACUGAACGUGAAUGGACUGAUUGGAAACGUAAAAAUAAUAUUCCUUGA